CUCGGGGCCGCUCCCCCUUUUCGUCGAUACUACCCCAAAAACUCCCCUCGCAUCUCCUCGUUGCCUCCUCAAUCCAAUCCCUGCUCGCUGCCCCAUCUCUCCCGAAGGUUUCUUCCCAUUUCAUGCGCGACUUCCCGGAAAGAUGAACUUCUCCGGCCUCGGGCGCUCCCUCUUACGAUCGGUGCGUUCCCGAUCACCCAAGGGUGCUCUGUCGGGUGGCUAUGGCGCGCGGCCUGUGAUUUCUAGCGAAGUGCUCCUGCAAAAACCUUGCAUUGGACGCGAUAUCACCGCCGGUAUAGGGCUUCUUAGGGGUUACUUGACUUCGGUGGGGGCCAAUAAGGCGAUCGGCGUGGGGAGCCAUCUCUCGCAUUGGAGGUUCCUGCUUGCGAAUCCUAAUUUCAGGCGAUUCUUCUCUAGUGGCUCCCCCAAAAAGAAAAAUUACGAGAAUUACUAUCCAAGGGAUAAGAAGGAAAUCCCCAAAGACUCCAGCAACAAAUCAGAUUCCAAAGGGGAUUCAAGCACAGAAGAUCAUGGGAAUUUCCAGGAGAAUUUUAUGAAGCAAUUGCAGAAUUACAUAGCUCCUCUUAUAUUUAUUGGCCUGUUGCUUUCAUCUUUUUCUGCUGGUACAUCUGACCAAAAAGAGAUUAGUUUUCAAGAGUUCAGAAACAAGCUAUUGGAACCAGGUUUGGUUGAUCAUAUUGUUGUAUCCAAUCGAUCAGUUGCCAAAGUUUAUGUCAGGAGUGCUCCUCAAGCAAACAAUCAGAAACAGGACAAUGAAAUUAAUAGUCCAAAAACAGAUGUUCCCAGCAGACGUGAUCCUGGCAGGUACAGAUACUAUUUCAAUAUUGGAAGUGUGGAUUCAUUUGAAGAGAAGUUGGAGGAAGCACAGGAAGCAUUGGGCCGAGAUCCACAUGACUAUGUUCCUGUAACUUAUGUCUCUGAAGUAAUUUGGUAUCAGGAGCUUCUGAAAUUUGCCCCAACGGCCUUCCUUUUGGGUCUUCUGUACUUCAUGGGGAAAAGAUUACAGGGUGGAUUUAGCAUAGGGGGUGGUGCAGGAAGGGGAAAUCGAGGUAUAUUUAACAUUGGAAAAGCUCAUGUGACCAAGAUGGAUAAGAAUUCGAAAAAUAAGGUGUAUUUCAAAGAUGUUGCUGGCUGUGAUGAAGCCAAACAAGAAAUAAUGGAGUUUGUGCAUUUCCUGAAAAAUCCUAAGAAGUAUGAGGAACUGGGAGCUAAAAUACCAAAAGGUGCCCUUCUUGUAGGUCCUCCUGGUACAGGAAAGACGCUUCUUGCAAAAGCAACUGCAGGCGAAUCUGAUGUACCGUUUCUGUCAAUUUCUGGUUCAGAUUUCAUGGAAAUGUUUGUUGGUGUUGGACCAUCCAGGGUAAGAAACUUGUUUCAAGAAGCAAGACAGUGUGCCCCUAGUAUAAUUUUCAUUGAUGAAAUUGAUGCUAUCGGUCGAGCAAGAGGUCGUGGAGGUUUCUCAGGUUCAAAUGAUGAACGAGAAAGCACGCUGAAUCAGUUGCUUGUAGAGAUGGAUGGGUUUGGAACCACCUCUGGAGUGGUUGUACUUGCUGGUACCAACAGACCUGAUAUCUUGGAUAAGGCUUUAUUAAGACCUGGCCGAUUUGAUCGUCAAAUUACAAUAGAUAAACCUGAUAUUAAAGGCCGCGAGCAGAUUUUUCGCAUUUAUCUUAAAAAGAUUAAGCUAGAUAAUGAUCCCUCAUUUUAUUCCCAAAGAUUAGCUGCUCUUACUCCCGGAUUUGCUGGAGCUGACAUUGCCAAUGUUUGUAAUGAGGCUGCUUUGGUUGCUGCAAGAAGUGAAGAAACACAGGUUACAAUGCAGCAUUUUGAGGCUGCUAUUGAUAGGAUCAUUGGUGGAUUAGAGAAGAAAAAUAAGGUAAUUAGCAAGUUGGAACGCCGAACUGUUGCUUACCAUGAAGCAGGUCAUGCUGUUGCCGGAUGGUUUUUGGAGCAUGCAGAGCCCCUCCUCAAAGUAACAAUUGUUCCUCGUGGUACUGCAGCUCUGGGCUUUGCUCAAUAUGUACCUAAUGAGAACCUCCUAAUGACUAAAGAGCAGCUCUUGGACAUGACAUGUAUGACUCUCGGAGGCCGUGCAUCUGAAGAGGUUUUGCUGGGGAAGAUCUCCACUGGUGCGCAGAACGACCUGGAGAAAGUGACGAAAAUGACUUAUGCCCAGGUUGCAGUAUAUGGUUUCAGCGACAAGGUUGGGCUCCUCUCUUUCCCCCAGCGAGAAGAUGGUUUCGAGAUGACCAAGCCUUAUAGUAGCAAGACUGGAGCCAUCAUCGACAACGAGGUGAGGGAAUGGAUUUCCAAGGCCUACGAGAAGACGGUUGAAUUGAUAAAGGAGCACAAAGAUCAUGUGGCACAGGUUGCCAAGCUGCUGCUUGAAAAGGAAGUCCUGCACCAGGAAGACUUGGUGCGGGUCCUGGGAGAGCGGCCAUUCAAAUCGAGUGAGCCAACGAAUUAUGACAGAUUUAAACAAGGUUUUCAGGAGGAAGAGGAAAACAAGAGCAGCCUCGAGACACUUGACGACGAGGUCGUUCCUACAUAAGCGUAUGGUUUUCUGUAGUGUAUUCAGAUGCUACUUCUAUAGAUGCUUGUUCAUCUUUCCGGAUCCAAAAUAAAUGUACAAAUCUGCAUCCACAUUCAUAGAAUAAAAAAAAAAGGGUUGGGUGUAACUUUUUUACUAAGUUAAUGUACGUGAGGUCGAGAUGCUCCUCCCCCUUUAUGGUGGAUCGAUCCACAUUGGAUCA